GUCGAUCUACACACGUUAGUCGAACCAGAGCAGCAGCUUCGUCAAGAUGUUUCGGGCACUUACCGUAAUACCGUGUGCGUUAGUGAUUCUUUUGGUGAUCUUCGAACAAGUGUCGUGUCACGGACGCCAUCAUCAUGGACGCCACGGACAUCAUCAUCAUCAUCAUCGCCGGGACCAUCCACACCAUCCCCCGAUGUCUCUAAGCAUGGCCAUCUACGAUCCGAAAGGCAUCGAGCUGUCUACACGCAGACCGAACAGUACAGCGCAAUACUUUGCGGUCGAAAUGUUUGUCAACAAUCCGAACGGUACCACUCCAGACGUUUCUCACAACACGUCGGAGGUGGUGUACGGCAAGUACAUUGUGCGCGACACGGAGGCCAUCAUUAGACCGGGCGAUGUUCUUAACAUAACGGCCUACAUGGGCUUUUCCGACGGAGCAGUUCUGAAGCAUACCACCAAAUUUUACGUUUUCCGAUCUAUGAUAAGAAACAACUGUACGUGUGGGAGUGCCACAACCCCAAGGGAAUCACCACCGAUUCAAACGAUUCCUCCCUGGGCACGCACAACAACAACAACCGUCUCACCGUCUCAAUCAACGAGUCGAACUUCCUACACACGCCGACCAACAGCACCACGAACGACCACUUCCACUCCGACCAUGCCUACAUCGAGCGAAAAUCAGGAUCUGUCCACUGGUGGAUACUCCGACGAGCUCGACUGUGAAAUCGAUCCCACCACCAACCUUUGCUUCGACAAUUCGUUCAUAGACGUUCGAACCUUUAGUGACCGAGUACGUGGACAGCCGGAAAAACUUGUGCAAACCGAUCCGAGCCGAGGACCGAAGGUACGCACCAAUUAUCUCAUCAUGGAACCGUACCCAAGAUUACCGGAACAUUUCCGGAACGAUCCGUCGAUCGAUCUGACAGCGUAUGUGCGUAGAUUUUUAACCGAUGUGCUGAACCUGAAGCAGCUGGCGGACACAAAUUUGGUAUCUGGUCGACCGGCCGGCAACGCGAUCGUGUUCGAAAUGGAUACGCUGAUCGAUAAGCUGCAGGUGCUUUAUCACGCGAAACAGAAAGGUCUAACGACUGUGCAGGAUUACGACGCGUUACACUGAAAAGGAACUUAAUAUUUUACGAUUUUAUCUCUUUCUUUCCUUCAAUUCAAAGUGUGAAGGCCGAUUGAAACAUAGCCGUAAUAAAUGCUAUAAGUAUUGCUCAACUAAACUUGACUUUGAGUGGAAUCUUCAUCUUCAGUGAAUGGUAAUUAAACUUGUCGUAACAGUAGCAAUGUAGCAAUAGGGACAGGCCAUUUUUAAUGAAUAAAAGGGAUAGCAACAACAUUAUUCGAAAUUUUUCUAAAAAUAUGAUGAACGAAAGCGCAAUAGCGAAAAGAAUUCAAAA